AUGUCUGACGAGAAAAAGAAAUUGGCCGACCUUGACAAGCAAGCCGAGUCUUCAGCUCCAGGUUCAUCGUCAACACUCCUAGAUCUCCCACCAUCAUACGAACCUCAAUCAGCACCCAGAGUUUCCCAAGAUGAUGAUCUCCAAGCACCAGAGGACUUCCCAAUUCUUGUCAUUGACGACUGCAAGAUCUACUCAGCCUACGCACCAACCCGCACUCUCUACCGCCUGAGCAACCCAGUAUGCGACGCGACUCGGACCGUUUACGGCAUUGAAAAGUUCCGCUACAAGGUCGACGACUCAAGCGAUGAGCCUAAAUUGAGACAUACUGUGGAUCACAUCUAUGAUUUCGAACGCGACAUCCAGCUCAAAGCGCUGCCGACUGUGCGCAUCAAGGGCUACACGAGUAGCAAGCGGACUUAUAAGAGUGCGAUCAUGUCGGAUGCUACCAAAAUCGGAGGCGGAUACAAGGUAGAAGACGACAAAGCUGAGGACAAAGAUAAUAAAGAAAUACUCAAGACGGAACGUCCGUUCAAAGAUCUUUUGAACCAAGGACGUGGCAACACAAUUGAGUGGAAAGAUGCUUCUGGACAGGUCCUUGCCGUCGAGACAAAACUCCAACGCGACAAGGACAAGAAAAUCGUUGAGCCACCUCGUCUUGCGAUCAAAGCGAAUAUGGAUGAAAAGCUUUACGAUUUUUUGGUUACGAGUUGGUGCGCUGUUGUGUGGAAGGAGGCGAAGGGCGAUUUAAAGGACCCUUUGACAUGGGAGAAAUGUUGCGAUAUCUCUGGCAAUUACACGAUUAUCGACUCCCCCGAUGGCGAAGACGGAAUUUCAACAUGUAAAGAUGUCGACGGUUCAUUAUCGCUUCUCUUCGACAAGAGCCCAGAAUCAUGGCCCCCCAUCAAAGCCGCAGUGGAUUUGGGUACCAUUAGCUCUCUGACCGGCAGCUUGGUCAUUUAUCCCCACCACCAUUCUAAGAAGACAACCGUCACAGCAUCGAGUUUAAAAUCUAUCGAGGGCGAAUUCACGAUAUGGAAUACCGGAACUGGAAAAGACAAGACAGUUGAGGAGCUUGAGUUGCUGUUUGAUGCGUUGGAGUCAGUUGGCAAGGGCUAUGUCAUCACCAAGGCAUUCGCAAAGCUGAAUAUUCAGCAUAAGAAGGAUAUUGAGGUGGGCUCUGAGAUGAGAGUUACCGAGACAAAAGUUGAGGAGUUGGUGCUUGGAGGAGUGCAUACCGUCAAUGGGGACUUUAUGAUUGACUCAAACAAGAACAUGGAGGAGUUGGAUGUCACAGCCCUUACCUACGCGAACAAGGGGUUCAGUGUCAAGGGCAACAAUGCUCUCACGAGAGUGUCAUUUCCCAAACUCAAGGAGGUCAAGGGAAACCUCGAGUUCAAUCAGAACGGCGCCCUUACCGAGAUCCGCCUCGCAGCCCUAGAAAACGCUGCGACUAUGUCUAUCUCCUCCAACGGUCAGGAUGGUGCUGUGUUUCUGCCUUACCUUUCAUCCAUCGGAAAUAGCACUACCACUGCGACUUCGGAUUUCAAGGGUCUCAAGAAGGUUGAGUUUUCGUCUCUGAACAAGGUCAAGGGUGCAUUGGCUUUCUCGUCAAACGUUUUUGAAGACCUUACUAUUCCGCUCUUGAAAGAGAUGGACGGUUCCAUUACCGUGGAAGACAACCCAUCGCUCACGACUUUUGCUCUGCCCAGAGUUACUUACGUGGAUGAACUGGACAUCAGCGGCAACGACGAACUCACCAACAUUACAGCAAACGCUCUCAAAUCCGCCGGCACCAUUUCGAUCAAGGGACCUUUCACGAACGUCGAGUUCUUCAACCUGGAGAAAGUGACUGGAGACUUCAAGGUCGUGGGUGACAAGUCCAUGGAUUGCAGUUGGUUUGACGCAAAUGUCAAGAAGAUCGUCAAGGGCAAGUAUACUUGUGUUGGAGACCAUGACGAGAAGGAGAAAAGGGCUAGUACUGGUGGUAUCGAGGAUACUGAGGGUAACCCCAAGGAUUACAUGACACCUGAAGACGACGACAGCGAUGCAGGCAGUGGAAGCGGUAGCGGAAGUGGAGGUGGUUCAGGAAACGGCGAUUCUGACGACGACAAGGCCAGCUCUGGGGGAAUGUCCACUGGCGCCAAAGCCGGUAUUGGUAUCGGUAUCGCCAUUCUCGUGGUUCUGAUCAUCGUCGGCGCCGUAAUGUUCUGGCUCUGGCGUCGCCGCCGCGCAGUCCAACCCAACGACAACAACAGCAACAACAGCUUCCUGGGUAUCAGUCAAGGUCCACCCCGUCUCGGCAGUAGCAGCGGCACAUCGACCUUUUCCAACAUUUUUGACGGCCAAGCCAAGAUGGGUGUCCAAACCAAGAUCGUAGCGACCAACCCGAUGCCAAGCCCCUCCCCUAGUCUGGGAACAUUGAAUUUCGGUCGCACUUCGCUUAUUGAGAGCACUGGUACUUUUACCGAGAAGAGUCUUGCUGCUUGGAAGACGAUCCGUAGAGUAAGCGAUUCGUCUGGUGAGGCUAUGAAGGAGACAACGACAACCACCACCUUCCACAAAGCUUAA